AUGCCACAAAUUCAUAGAUCUUCCACCUUAGCCUGGCAGGUUGUGUUCUUGCAGGAGGGUCAGUUAGUGGAACAGAUGUCUGUGGAUGAGGCUCAUACCCUGGGAUACCAUCUGAACUUCACCUUGGGCAGGAUGGUCUUCCGUAUGCCUUAUGGGCAACCUCACUCCGUGGUCUCAGUGGUAAACGGUUUACCUUUAGAGGUAGUGCACCUUGUACUGUUUUCCAGGCAGCUAUGGGAAGUCCUGAUGGUUGACAUGGUGGCCGCAUGCAAUUUGUAUGAGGGCUCUUUUGAUGGUGCCACACUCAGCUGGAAAAUGCCCACAGUUGUGACACCGUUGGUAUUGGGGCACUCGGAGUUCAAGACCAAGCAAAUCAGCUUGGGUGUGGAUGGCCAGCUCUUGGAUGAUCAGACCACCACCAGUUGGGGCUACAUCAGGGAAGUCUCUGCAGAGACUGUGACAAUAGCUGUUCCCUAUGGGGCUAAGGGAGGCCAUGGAAAGAGCUUUGUGUUGCAUAAUGUCUAUACUGAGUUUUACACAGUCCACCUGUACUAUGAGCAAGUGUUUAUGGAUGAGUCUGGGUUUGAGACUAGACUCCGUCUUGUCAGACCAAUGGCUACGCCUUUGCUGGAACACCAUCCAUUCACCAUUAACCAGACUGUCCUUGAGGAACGCAAAUUCACUGUUUUUGUGGGUAACUUCCCUACUGAUGUGGAGUUGGUUGCUGUGAAGCUCAACAGGCAGGAUUUCACUCCAUUAGAGGCUGAUCAGCAUGGGUAUCCCAUAGUAAAACUCUCCCAUUCCAACAGUACCCAUGCCUAUGUCAUCAGUGUCCCUUUUGAAGACUCCCUUGUUCCUAAAAUGUAUUCUUUUGAGGGAGUCCUUCGGUAUUCUCUUGACAUCACCUAUACUCUGAACGUCAUGCCCCAGAAAGACUCAUAUUAUCAUCUAGCCUCUGUGGUGGCACUCAUCAAUGAUGUCUUCCCUCCCAUGUUCAGUGGCCUCUGCAUGGAGAAUGGUAUCAGAUUUAAGAUGGACCACCAAGAAUUUGACUACAUGUGGGAAGUUUGCAUUGGGCAAUUCCCACUCACUGAACAGCUGUCAGCAGAGCGUGGUUACUAUAUGCAGAAUGGCAGUCAGAGCAUGAUCCUGGAGGUGCCCUUACUCAGCAUUGGAUACAUCUAUGAGGAUAUUACCUUGCAGAAUUUCUUUGGAACAUUUGAAAUCCUUGCUAGGGAUCCAAAGACAAUGGAAAUACAGCAGUCCUCAGCCAAACGCUGCCUCUUUAAAACCACUGAAUUUGUUGCAUGUUCCAGUGAUGGUAUUAUGACUGUAGUCAGUGAUCUCACUAAAGCCAUCCCUGGAGCCAAUCCUGCCCGAGCCACCUUGCUGGAUAAAACUUGCAGACCCAAGGAGUUGGAUGAGAACAGAGUUCUUUUCACCUUUGGGGUGAAUACAUGUGGAACCAGGGUUCAGUACCACUUUGUGAAUGAAUCUAAGACCUGGACUGAAGCCCAGAGAUACUGUAGAGACAAUUACACUGACCUGGCCACUGUUUAUAAUAUGGAAGACAUGAACAGGCUGAUUGAUGCUGCAAAUGGCACUUAUAAUGGCUUAGCCUGGAUUGGGCUAUUUGAGAGUGUGCAAGAUCAUGUCUGGCAAUGGUCCUUGGACGACGAUGAUUUCUAUGGAGAGGGAGAGAGAGAUUUUAGGGACUGGGAUGAGUCAGGACGUGAUCCAGACAAUGUCAACGGUUUUGGUCCUGUGAUUGGACUGAGAGUAAAAUUCACUUCAAAGGAAAGCAUCUCGGAGUCUGGAAUUAAGGAAGUGGUCUUACAGCAGCUGAAGGAAGAGUUGACCAGACGUGGGAUUCCCGGCACCAUCACAUUACACUUAAGACGCACUUACAGGACCACACCCUGA